AGAUCAGGGCGCCUCUGAGGAUCACGAAAUUCGUAUAACCAAGGUGGUCACAUCUGGGUCUUGAACUGUACAUUGAAUACAAGUCUUUCCCACUUAUCUAGAAUGGGGAACGUGACAGUGUCGUGCACAGCUGUCUGCGAGUGACUCUCAAGUGCGUGAGGACUGCCACAGCAGCCUCAGCCGGACCAGGCCUGCCUGCAGGGAGAGAAGGAAGAGCAGGAAGAGCGCUGCCCCGGGGGCGCUGGGCCCGGGCUGAGAAGACAGGCUCGGCUGCUCCGGCCGGGAUCAGCACCGGGGGCCACGUUCCCGGAGCCCUCUCGGCGCCCGCCGCUCCUCGCCCACCCCGACCGGUGAUCGCGGCUCCGAGCCAGUGCUGGCGCUUCGCUCCCGGUUGCCGUGCGCACCCCGGGCUUCUGCGAUCGCGUGGAGCCAUGGAGCCCGGGCUCCACAGCAGGCCCGCUGAGCCUGGGCGUUGCGUGAGCGGCCCGCCGGGCGACGGCUCGGCGUUCCCGGUGGACCUGCCGUCUGGCGCCGGGGCGCAGCCCGGGGGCCUCCCUGGAACCGUGGCCGCCGUGCUGCCGGCCGGGGGCUGCGGGGAGAGGAUGGGCGUCCGCACCCCGAAGCAGUUCUGCCGGCUUCUGGAGAGGCCGCUCAUCAGCUACACCCUGCAGGCCCUGGAGAGAGUAUGCUGGAUCAAGGACAUUGUUGUGACAGUGACAGGGGAGAACAUGGAAGCAAUGAGGAGCAUCCUCCAGAGGUAUGGCCACAAGCGCAUCUCACUGGCUGAGGCUGGAGCCACGCGCCACAGAUCAAUUUUCAAUGGACUGAAAGCUCUGGCAGAAGACCAGCCAGAUUGUAAGCUCACUAAGCCAGAAGUUGUGAUUAUCCACGAUGCUGUAAGACCUUUUGUUGAGGAAGACAUCCUCCUGAGAGUUGUCAUAGCUGCUAAGGAGCAUGGGGCAGCAGGAGCAAUCCGACCUCUGGUAUCCACGGUCAUCAGUCCCUUCGCUGAUGGUUGCUUAGACCACUCACUGGACCGUGCCAAAUACAGGGCAAGCGAAAUGCCACAGGCUUUUCUCUUUGAUGUGAUCUAUGAAGCAUAUCAGCAGUGUAGUGACUAUGACUUGGAAUUUGGAACAGAGUGCUUGCAGUUGGCCCUAAAAUACUGUCACAGGAAAGCAAAACUUAUAGAAGGACCCCCAGACCUCUGGAAGGUGACCUACAAACAAGAUCUGUAUGCAGCUGAAUCCAUGAUUAAGGAAAAAAUUUCACAAGAGAUUUGUGUGGUCAUGAACACAAAAGAGGAAGAAUCUAUAGGACGUCUUCUUGAGGAAGUGCUAAGAAAUGAAUUAAAUUGUGUUACAGUCAUGUCCGCAGUCGUGGGUCACGGGGGCAGAGACAUUCGGAACUUCAUCACAGGGCAAUGCUACAGUUUCAUCUGUGUGAAUGUUGUGUCUUCUGAUUUUCAUGAAAUGCAGAAGCUACUGAGCACGCUUGAAGAGAGCAGCCUUCCCCUUUUGUAUCCUGUAGUUGUUAUUUCGGUGCAUUGCCUUGAUUUCACAUUGGUAUCGCUCACUCAGAAGUUGGAAAGCCUGAUGUGGAUUAGGGACUUAGCCAAGGAAGUAAAAGAAAGGAAUAUUUUAUUAAGUGGACUCCUCCUAAAUUCCUCACAGGACGAGCAGAAGCUACAAGAGAGUUUAGGACAAGGUGCAGCCAUCAUAGCUGCCUUAGUUAAAGAAAGAAAUUCUGCAUUCGCUGGGCAGGUCCUGGUGGCAUGAAGAGAAGAGACAAGUCAUCUAUAAACUUCCAAAGACACUUCCCUACCACUCUCUGCUGUGCUUCCCCACCUCAGCGAGCCACCUUGUGUGUGACAGAAUAUCUUAGUUGUUUUCUUUACCUUGCCACUUAUUAGAUGUGAUGCUUAGGUUGUGAAAGUAGGUUAAACUUUGUUUCCAUGAAAUUGUGUGUGUCAAAUAUAAAUGGCUCCAACCAGAAAAGAUAAAUGGGAAAUACUGCCCUCACAUAAGGAAUCUCUUCACUGCAGCAAAAGUCCCACUGAAGUCAUAAGGUCAGCUAUUCCUUCAAGGGACGAGAACUUAAGACAGCUUAGCUGCCAUCUUAGUCUCUGUUAACAAAUCUGCCACAUUAAAACAGAGCUAAUAAAUAAGCUUCAGAAUUAUUCCUGAUCCUAAAAUUGUCCUCUCCCUAUAUGAUAUUGCAUCUUUUUGCCUUGUUUUGGCAUUCACCACACCUUUAUAAAGAGAAAGGGAGCUGGGGACUAGCUCAUUGGAAAAGCACUUGCCUAAUGGGGAUGGCGCAACAUCACAAAAGAAAAAGAAAAAGCAAGCUGGUAAAUACUGGGCAUAAACAGGGAAGGGAAAGUCCUAAGUUUUCUUCCCCUUUAUCUCUGAUCACUCUAGAUCUCUAAACAACCUGCAAUCCCUUUCUACUCUUCUAUUAGUUGUGAAUUCUGUGUUUUUGGUUUCUGAGAUGGUAUGCUGUCAUUAUUUUAAAGAGACAACUUUUUCUUGGUUGGAGAGAGUCAUGAAAGCUGAGUUGCUUGGGACAGUCCCUGGCUAUGGUUCUCUGAAAGGCAGGGCGGUCAGUGCUGUGGAGUUAGUUACUCUUGAUGCAGAAAUCGUGGCCUUACUCAAUCAGUAUUUAUGUUAUUCUUACCAGUUUCUAUUGGCCAUACACAAUAUGUUGUCUUUAAUAAUUAUACAUACAUACAGUUGUUAAAAUGCAUUUGGUUAUAUACAUAAAUUCACUUUAUUGAAAUGUGUUAAAUCAGAACACCCUAGGACUUGAACUGCAUGCAGAAAUCAUAAGAGCUGGAUGAAAUAUGUUUGUUCAAGAUCAUCAAUAAAAAUGGCUACUUUCUGAAAUGUCUCCCGUA